UUUGUCAGUUAUCAGCAGGAUCCGUGCCACACAGUUAGGCUUUUUCAUACCCAGCUCCCUGCAAAGAAACAAGAGUGCUAAUCUCAUCAAGGCUCCAAGGGAUCAUAACUUCACGGCUUACCUUGGUGAAUAUACUGAAAUAUUCAAGAUGGGUAGCAACAGUACCAACAAUGUUAUGACUAACUGCAGUGUCACCAGUGUGACAUUUCAGUACACCCUGUAUGCAACCACCUACAUUCUCAUAUUCAUUCCUGGUCUUCUGGCCAACAGUGCAGCCUUGUGGGUUCUGUGUCGCUUCAUCAGCAAGAAAAAUAAAGCCAUCAUUUUCAUGAUCAACCUCUCUGUGGCUGACCUUGCUCACGUGCUGUCCUUACCCCUCCGGAUUUACUAUUACAUCAGUCACCACUGGCCUUUCCAGAGGGCCCUUUGCCUGCUGUGCUUCUACCUGAAAUAUCUCAAUAUGUAUGCCAGCAUUUGCUUCCUGACGUGCAUCAGCCUUCAGAGGUGCUUCUUCCUCCUGAAGCCCUUUAGGGCCAGAGACUGGAAACGUAGAUAUGAUGUAGGCAUCAGUGCUGCCAUUUGGAUCGUCGUGGGGACUGCCUGUUUGCCAUUUCCCAUCCUAAGAAACACAGACUUAGCCAACAACACUGAGUCCUGCUUUGCUGAUCUUGGUUAUAAGAAAAUGAAUGCAGUUGCUUUGGUUGGAAUGAUUACAAUCGCUGAACUCUCAGGAUUUGUGGUUCCAGUAAUAACCAUUGCAUGGUGUACCUGGAAAACUACUAUAUCAUUGAGGCAGCCACCACUGGCUUUCCAAGGAAUCAAUGAGAGGCAGAAAGCACUCAGGAUGGUUUUCAUGUGUGCCUCUGUCUUCUUCAUCUGCUUCACUCCCUAUCAUAUUAACUUUUUUUUUUAUACUAUGGUAAAGGAAACCAUUAUUAGCAGUUGUCCCAUUGUCCAAAGCACACUGUAUUUCCAUCCUUUUUGUCUAUGCCUUGCAAGUCUUUCCUGUCUUUUGGAUCCAAUUCUCUAUUACUUCAUGGCCUCAGAGUUUCGUGACCAACUAUCCCACCAUGGCAGCUCUGUGACCCAUUCCCGCCUUAUGAGCAGGGAGAGUGGUUCGUCAAUGAUUAGCUAAAAGUAAAAUAAUUUUUCAAUUGUGAUUAUGUUUAACUAUGUUCCCUGGCUUUUUCAAGGGCCAGAAUGACCAACCAGACAACUCCUUUCAUUGAACUUCAGGGACAACAGGAAAAAGGUCUUCUUGUGUGAUAUUCGUGGUCACAGGGGUGUGAAGAUGGAGGCCAAGUGUGAUUAAUGUGGGAGAGGAAGGGAAGAUGAACUUUCUUUGUUUCCUCAUUGAAAUUGAAGGCGCUUUCUUAUUUAAGAGACAUAGAUCAUGUUUUUACAAAUAUUUUCAACCAAAAUGGAAAUCUAAUAUUUUAUUUUAAACAUUUAUUCACUAAAUAUGAUAUUGUUAAUAAGAUACAAUAAAUAAAAGAAUCUUUUCCAGAAUGCAAAAGUAAAUCUCUUUCAUAUAAAUCCUUUUAUUUGUGAAUGAUAGUAAAAAUGUUCAGUCUGUCUAAGAGAUAACUGUACAGGCAAGGGAAAGUGAAAACUGAAACAAUGUAUGCACAAACAUCAGGACCACAAACCUGUAUAUAACUAAAUAAUGGGCAUGGAAAUUUGCUCAUUCACUAAAAAUGUGUUGGAUACCUAUUGUAUUCUGCAUUACAACUUUCCUAAGUACUUUCACAUACAGCAUCUUAUUUGGUCUUUCUAAUAAACUUGUGGAACUUUCCAAUACAAAUGAAUAAAUGGAAUCUAAGAGAGGUGAAAUAACUUUUCUGAGGAUAAACAGUGUUGAGGCCAAAUUUGUCCUAUAUAUACCACAUAUGCUUGUUAGUCCAUUUGCAUUGUUACAUUUAUUAAGUUAAUACUAAACUUGACUUGAAUGGUGAAAAUAUAAACUAAAGCUAAGGCACAUGAGAUAAAGACCAUUUCUACACAAUUUUCCUGAGACUGAAAAGUUUGUGGGCUGUGGGAAUGGCAUGUCAGACCUCAGGUUGCAAUGCAUAAAAUGAUAGAUU